AUGAUCGCCAAGGAAUAUGAGCCCUUUUCACUCGUGGAGGGUCAAGAAUUCAAGACGUUUCUCGCGAUGUUAAAUCCCGGAUACCAGCUUCCCAGCAGAAAGACCCUCUCGACGGUGCACAUUCCACAGAUGUACAAUAAGGUGCAUGAACAAGUAAAGAACGAACUUACGGGCAUCAGUUCGAUUUGCCUCACAACGGACGGCUGGACAUCGCUCUCCAAUCAGAGUUACAUCGCUCUCACUGCUAAUUUCAUCCACACCAAUGGCGCGCUCAGAGCUCGCCUUCUCGAUUGCUUUGCGUGGCAAAACCGCCACACUGCAGAAAACAUUGCCGCCGAACUCCGUCGAGUUGUUGUCGAAUGGGAAAUACAAGAAAAAGUUUGUGCCGUCGUCAGUGAUAAUGCGGCAAACAUCACAGCUGCGAUCCGCUUGCUGGGAUGGAAACAUUUUCCAUGCUUUGCACACACACUGAAUCUUAUAGUUCAAGCAGGAGUGAAGGAAAUUAGUGAGGUGCAAACUAAAGUAAAAAACAUAGUUACUUUCUUGAAACACAGUGCGCACGGCACGGCCAAGCUGGAAACGAUUCAACAACAAAUGGGCCUUGACCCCGUGAAGCUAAAGCAAGAUGUCGUUACGAGGUGGCACUGCACUUAUGAUAUGUUCACGAGAAUGCUGUAUGUUAGGGAUGCUGUGCUCUCAGCAAUUGUAAUACUUGAGGCGGACCUUCAUCCCUUAGUAUCAACGGAAUGGACAAUCCUCGAAAAGGCGUGCGAAAUCUUGAAGCCCUUUAAGGAGGUGACCGAAGAGAUGAGCAGCGAAAAGAACGUAACAAUCUCCAAGGUGAUUCUCUUGGCAAACGGACUAAUGCAGCAUAUCGACGAAGUAGAGAAGGAUGACCUCCCUAGGCAAUGUCGAAACAUGGCAAAGGCUAUGAAGGCUCAGGUUAAGCGCCGAUUUGAUAACAUUGAGGGUAACAGCAUGCUAGCAGAAGCUACGGUAUUUGAUCCUCGCUUCAAACAGUACGGUUUUUCAAAAAGAGCUUCGUAUGAAGCGUCGUACCGCUCGAUCAGCCAUCAUGUCAGCAGGGUAGAAACCGCGCAUUGCAACCCAGAAGAAGAGGAAACGCCACGAUCAGUGCCAGCCCAGAAGCCUCGUCUUCGCUGUGGAAGUCGUUAG